AUGGGCAAACGCCAGAAGGCGGUGGCGGCCUCCAAGGAGGCGUCAGCCGAGCCGCUUCUGGACCUGCAUCCGCCGGCGCAGGUCCGCAAGGGCGGCACCGCCAAGUUCAAGAAAGGCUCCAAGGUGCUGGUGCCCCACACCGACCAGUACUAUGCCGCGGUGGUGAUGCAGGGCCACAAGCGCCCAGAGGGGCAGUACUACCUGCUGCACUACGAGGGCUGGAGCAACAAGUACAACGAGUGGGUGGAGGAGGCGGGGGUGGUGCGCUUCGACCGCUCGCUGCUGGAGCAGUCGGCGGCGGCGGCAGGCAACGAGCCGGGCGACCUGACGGGGCGCAAGCGGCGCGCCGACAUCGCCCCCGUGGAGCCGGCCCUGGCUGUGGAGAUCCCGCAGCACCUGCGCCUCCACAUCCCUCCCCUGCUCAAGAAGGUGGUGCUGGAUGACAGCGUGCAGGUCAACGUCAGCGGCAAGCUGCUGCCGCUGCCCCGCAGCGCGCAUGGCCGCCCCACCAUCAGCGACAUCCUUAAGGAGUACGAGGCGCAGGUGGCAAAGGAGGUGCCCGAGGGAGAGCAGCAGGACCCGCAGGCAAGGCCCAGGGCGCAGAGCGGGGUGGCACCCAGGAUUGGCGAGGCGGUGAGCGAGAUGGUGCUCGGCGUGCGGCAGUACUUUGACCAGGGCCUGCGCCACUUCCUGCUGUAUCCGCACGAGGUGCAGCAGGCAGACGAGGCGCUGGGCGGCGGCGGCGGCGGCGGCGCGGCAGCCACUCCACCCAAGCAAGAGGGUGGCGGCAGCACAGGCGGCGGCGCCACAGGGGCCAAAGGCGGCGGCGGCGGCGGCGGCGGCGGCGUGGCGGCGCCCCGCACCCCCUGCGACCUGUACGGCGCCGAGCACCUUGUGCGCCUGUUUGUCAAGCUGCCGGACCUGGUGCCUGUGGCCUACAUGACGCCGCCGGAUGUGGUGCGGCUGGAGCAGCAGCUGCACGACUUGGUGGCGCGCAUGACGGAAGUGCGGCGCCAGGCCCGCUACUUCUCCCUGCCAGAAGAGUACCAGCCCAACCCCCACUUCACCGCCCUGCUGAACCUGCCCCUGCAAACACUUGUCGGUGCGGGCGGCGGCGGCGGCACCCCAGGCCCUGGGCAGGGCGCCGCGGCGGCGGGAGGAGCGGCAGAGCCCUCGCCGGGAGGGACGGGCGGCGAGGGCGGUGCAGAGGACAUGGAGCAGGACUGA